AUGGCGCAAGUGAGGUAUGCUGUCAUCCUUCUUAAACUGCUCUUGUACUCAGCAUGCCUCGUGGCCGUGCGUUCUCAGCCUGACAAUCACAGUGAACACUUGUCGACGAUGAUAGAUCAGCAAACCGGGAAAUUAACCACAGAGACGGAAGCGGCUCGGAAAAGGCCCAUUCCUAAACCCUCGCGUACAGUGGACAACGUAGACGAGGGAAACAUCCAAGGCAUCGGUGACAGUGGAAUCGAAAGAACAGUUAAACAAGAGGAAGAAAGCAGUGUGGAUAAAGUAAAUAGGAAAAAGAGCGACAACGGAAAUAAAAGGAACAGUAGCAGCGCACGCAGUAACCUGCCCGCGGCUAAGCUGCAGGAUCUCAAAUCCUCUACUUCCUUAGUGGGAAAUUUACUCCUGCUCCUGAUUUCGGUUGUCAUCGCUGGGUCCCUGUUCGUCAUGCUCCUCUGUUUCGUCCAUAAGUGGAAGGAGAACAUGGGAACGGCGCGGUACCCCCGAGUCGUCUACUCGAUGCUUCGCCAGAGCGAGGAGGAACCCGAGGACGUCCUUGGGGAGAUCCUCAUCAACAUAGGCUUGGCAACGCCCGAGGACACGCGACCCAUCACCCCGACGACGUCUUCAGAUACAUCCGAAACGUCCCAGGAGAUGUCAGAUCACGAGGUGGACGUCAACGCCUUCGACGGAUCCAGAUUCACGACGAUUCCCCUGCGGUCCGACGAGGCUGCCAGACGUCUCAUGGCCCCUGAGGGUGAGGAGUCGGACGAGGAGUUGCUGCAGUGAGGAAUGUGGUUGAUAAUUAGUGGUGUUCUAUCAGCUCUUCUGAUGAAUCAACAUGAGAUUCUCGACCCCCCCCCUUUUUUUACAAAUGCAAGAAUCCUCAAGCUCUUUCCCUGCGCAAAUUAUAGUUCUGUGGUGACUGCUCGUUCCCAAAACAUAACGUAGAAAUAAGGAAAAAAAGAGAACGAAGAAAAGAGAGAGGUAAAGGAAAAAGAAAUGAAUAGGAAGGAUGAUAAGAAAAGAAAAAAGAACAAGAAAAAAUGACGGGAAAAGAAUAAAAGGGUACUACGUGGUGACCCUUUCUCUUGUCAGAAACAAUGGUUUUUGUUUUGAAAAUAUAAAACAUUACAGUGCGCAUCAUACCUGCAUCUUCUUACUUUCACCAUCCGUCCUAAAAGAAUAUCCUUUUUUCCAUAUAUUUAUAGGAAUGCAGUAACAAGUGCAUACAUGGAAAACUCCAUUGGUUUAUUUGUAAAAGAUAUGUUAUUAGAGAGAGAGGAAAAGAAACAGCAACAUUUUUUUAACAUAUGAAUGGUCUACCUACAAAAAGUACGUUGUAUAGUCGUGCUCGCCAAAGUCUGUUCCGAGAAUUCAUGUAUCGUUUUAUGUAUAAGAGGUCGAUCAGUGGAAAUACUCACUGGCAGUUAAUUAAGAAACUGCAGUUUACGUAUUUUUUAGAAAAAAAAACAACCAAUGUUUCGUGAACAGUGUGUGUUAAUUAAAAUAUGUGAGGAAGUCUGUGAUUUUCGAAUAUAUUGACUUGAUGGCCUCAGAAAAUACAGUCUCAUCCGAGGGAAGAUUAUGCACGCCAAUGCAUUUUAAAAUCAUACGAAUAUGGCACAAAUGUACAUAUGUGUUAAAGCUGGAAAUCCCCCAAACCUUAUUCUCAAUUUUAAGUUUCCAUGUGACAGGAGUACGGGGGGAAAUAGGGCUUUAAAAAACAAUAUAUAAACAAAAAAUAUAUAUACAAGUAUAUAUGUACGUAUGUAUAGAAAAUAAGAUGCUGAAAAUAAAAUCCGAGGCUGAAUGAAUACAAAGAAAAACCAAAUGGCUUUAGGAUUCAGCUUGUGUAAGCAAUAAUGUAAAUCUACAGAAUUCAGUCAUUUUGCCGAUGCGUUUUAGUUUCAUUUUGUUUAUUUGGUUUAUUGCUUAUUUUAUUUCGAGUACCUAUUCCCUGUUUAAGUCAGUACCUCCUGUAGCGAGCUUAAUAGUAAUAUCUAGAAAAUCAUAGAGUUAAAAGAAUAUAAAACAUUGCUUUAAAGAAUAUGGUACAUUAUGUGCGUUUGAGACAUAUGCUUGUUAUAUAUAUUCUAAGGCAUACAUAUACGUGUUUUGCAUUAUCUACCAAAUGUCCCAGGAAGUUUUACACUCUCCGUCCGAACGAAAUA